AUCAUGUAUACGUCUCCUGUGAAUGCCGUCUAAAUAGAAGAAGAAAAUGGCGGGAAAAUUUUGUUGUAUAUAGAGAAAAUAGGAAAUUCCAGUGGUGCCGAUGGCUUCUCUUUUUGGCGACGACGGGGUGGAUGACCUAUUUAACGACAAUGUUCCCGUGGAUCCAGACCAAUUGCCGAGCGACAACGAGGGGGAAAAAUUGUUCGCAGAUGACGACGAGAUCAAGGAGAGCGGAGAACCCGGGAGCCAGGACGCAGAGAAAGUAGAGCCCAAGAAGCGUGCGGUUCGGAAUCCUCGUCCUCGCUUAACAGUUGAUACGUUGCGUGGCCCAAGGGGAAUCCAGACUAUAGAGGCGUACUUUAAGGACAUCAAGUUUAAAGGAAAGGGCUACGAGAAGAGCGAUCUGGAUGAGGUGCUCCGUCGGCUGCAGCACUGGGGUCACAGGAUGUACCCCACCUACACUUUUGACGAUGUCUUGAAUAAUAUUGAGCGGUUAGGAAAAAAGAAGCCGCUUCAAGUACACAUGACACGCUACCGUCUGGGUCAACUGGAAGAUUUCCCGUCUCACGAUCCGAAUGCGUUGGAGGAGGGUCAGGACGAUCAGCAGGAUGACCCUGAGGAUGAACCCUUUGACGAGUUCGAUGCUCUUCUGGGCGAACAGAUAGCUAUUUCCAAAUUAGCACCAAGAACGCCCCACCAGAGGAGCAUGACGACUGCCUCCGCUGGUAGCAGCACAUUGGUCACCCCAUCGUUUUCCCGAGGAAAUGCUGUAAUGUCGACGCCAUAUUCCACGGUGAACGCCCCUGCUUUCGAUAAAAAUGGAGCUCCAAUACGUGCCUCUUAUGAUCGGAAUGGAGCUCCAUUGGACAUGAGCGAUUACGGGCAACCACUGCCGCCAUCUCAGCCACCAACUCCGGCAGCUAAGAAACUCUCCUCGGAUCAGAUGGCGCGCAUUGCCGAGAACCGGAGAUUGGCGCAGGAGAGACUCAAAGCCAAGCAGGCUCAGCAGCAAGAGACACCCAGCUAACAUCUAUGAAUCUCUGGUGUUUCGGCAAGUAGAAAUUAAUAAUUCAAAAGUAUGUUAUUCCCUAUUUAAGUUCAGAAUAAAACUGUUCUAUGUAUUUUCUAUUGAAAAUUACCCAAAGUUAUUUUUUGGUGCUUAAAGUCGAUAUUAAAGAUCCUCCUUUCGAUUGUAAA